UCACUAAAGCAGAGUGAGUCCAACAGUCCAGAAAGGUUGAAACCUGCAAGACAAAGAAACAUUGAGGUUAAAACGUUAACUACAACUACUCAAGAACAGACAGUUGUGACCUGCAUGUUCUGCAAAGGGCCCAAUCAUGUGCUCACGAGAUGUAGAGGCUUUCUGGAAAAGGCUGUAACUGACAGAGUCAAGUUUAUUAGAACAGAGGGAUUGUGCUUUGGUUGUCUCCAGCCUGGCCACCAGUCAAAGGGCUGUAACAACCGAAGUAUUUGUGAAAAGUGCAACAAAGGACAUCCUACGUGCUUGCACGAAGAACGUAACAAACAAGAGCAAAUUCCACAACAAAACGAGAUGGAUGUAAGUUAUAAAAAUCCAACUCAAGGGAAGCAACCUCAAACUCAAGGAGCGACAUCUACGGCUACAACGAACAGAGUCAUCUGUCAAGAAGGUCACACACAAACUUCAGCAAUAGUUCCUGUUUGGCUCUCGUCUUCUACAGAACCAACACGAGAAAUACUGACGUACGCUCUGCUAGACUCUCAAAGUGAUACUACCUUCGUCCUCAGUGAGAUUGCAGAAUCUCUGGAUACUCCUAAAGAAUCAGUCAAGUUAGAGUUAUCGACUAUCACGUCAAAGAAUACAAUCGUUCAGUCUCAAAAGGUAAAGAAUCUACAAGUUCGUGGGUUUUACUCAAACAAAACUAUUCCUUUGCCACCUGCUUUCACGCGAGAGUUUAUUCCAGCUAACAAAGAUCAUAUUCCGUCAAAUGAGACUGCGAGGGCUUGGGCGCAUCUGAAGCAUCUUCAAGCAGAGAUAGCUCCUCUGCAGGAAUGUGAAGCAGGACUGUUAAUUGGAUACAACUGCUCGCAAGCAUUACUUCCGAGACAGGUUGUGUCAGGCAAAGAAAAUGAACCCUACGCACAGCGUACAGACCUCGGCUGGAGUAUAGUGGGACAAGGUAGCCAAUGCCUGAACUUUGGAGAUGCUAUUGGCAUCAGUCAUCGCAUCAUAGUGAAAAGGGUCGUCCCAGACCUUAAUCCUUCUGUUGAUCUACAGACAAAGAUACAUUACGUAAACAGAACUAAAGUGAAAGACAUCACUCCUUCUGAGAUCAUUAAGGCACUAGAGAUAGACUUCCCAGAAAGAGGAGUUGAUGACAAGAAGGUGUCUCAAGAUGAUUUUAAGUUUCUUUCUAAACUUAAAGAAACCAUCAAGCAGAACGACGACGGACAUUAUGAGAUGCCACUGCCAUUUCGUGAUGAACGACCUAAACUACCAGACAACAGAAUAUGUGCAGUGUACCGUCUGAAAUGUUUGGAGAAAAGACUAAGGCGAAACAAAGAGUACUGCAAGGAUUAUGUCAAGUUCAUGGACGAUAUGAUCUCCAGAGGUGACGCAGAAAGGGUUCCGGAACAAGAGUUAAACAAUCCUGCGUGGUAUAUUCCCCACCACGGGGUCUAUCAUCCACACAAACCAGGGAAAAUCCGAAUAGUAUUCGACUGUUCGGCCAAGUACCAAGAGACGUCCCUGAAUGACCAUCUGUUGACUGGUCCCGAUUUAACAAACACAUUGGUGGGAGUGCUGUGUCGCUUUCGCAACGGUCCUAUCGCAUUAAUGUGCGAUAUAGAGAGAAUGUUCCACCAGUUUUAUGUAGAAAAGGGAGAUCAAGAUUACCUACGUUUCUUAUGGUGGGAGCAAGGAGACCCUAGCACGACACCAUCGGUCUAUAGAUUGAAGGUCCACUUGUUCGGAGCAGCUUCAUCUCCUGGAUGCGCCAAUUUCGGCCUGAAACAUCUUGCGGCGCAAGGACAAGGUCGGUUCAAGGAGAAUGUCAUUCGAUUCAUCCAAAGAAAUUUCUAUGUCGAUGACGGCUUGGCGAGCGUCUCAACAGAGAAGGAGGCUAUUCAGCUUGUGAAAGACUCAAGAGACUUAUGUGCUACGGGCAAACUGAGACUCCAUAAGUUUGUGUCAAACAGUGAACAAGUACUUGCGUCUAUUCCUGAAGAGGAACGAGCAACAACUAAGACCCAAGACAUGUCUCUUAGUUUACCUCACAUUGAAAGAGCGCUUGGAGUCGAAUGGUGUGUUUCAUCGGAUACAUUUAAGUUCAGGGUACAAGUCAAAGCCAAUCCGUUGACCAGAAGAGGUGUACUUUCCACUGUCGCCUCAAUCUAUGAUCCUUUAGGGUUCAUAGCACCAUUUGUCCUUCUAGGCAAACAAGUUCUCAAACAGAUGUGUAAAGACAAAGUAGACUGGGACGAAGAAAUUCCAGACUAUUUGAGACCUCAAUGGGAGUCAUGGAUUACAGAUCUACCAGAACUAGCUGAUGUACAAAUCAAGAGAUGUUACAUUCCUCCUGAUUUUGGACGAGUCAACGGCUUUGAACUUCAUCACUUUGCCGAUGCAAGCACAUCAGGUUAUGGCGAAUGUUCCUAUUUACGAGUCACUAACCAAGAAGGCCAAGUCCAUUGUUGUUUAGUCAUGGGCAAAGCAAGAAUCACACCCAACAACAUUAUGACUAUUCCAAGACUUGAGCUUUUAGCAUCAGUCGUGGCAGUUAGAGUCAGUGACCUGUUAAGAAACGAACUAGAAAUAAAGGAUUUAAAGGAGUUCUUUUGGACAGAUUCCACAGUAGUUCUUGGCUACUUAAAUAAUGAUGCCAAACGAUUCCAAGUAUUCGUGGCUAAUCGUGUACAAAGAAUUAAAUCUAGUACGACUCCAGAACAAUGGGCUUACGUUGCAUCAGAAGAUAAUCCUGCGGAUCACGCUUCCCGGGGUUUAACUGCAAAACAGUUGAAGUCGUCCAACUGGUUUACGGGUCCAGUGUUUCUCUGGACAGAGAAACUACCGGAAAGAAAUAUCAAUGUGGGGAAGAUCAAGGAUGAAGAUCCUGAGCUUCGUAAAACUAUCGCAUGUGCCACCGAAGUGAGAAAGGAGAGAACAAUGUUGGCACGUCUCCAGAAGUUCUCAGAUUGGUCCAGAUUGGUCAGAGCUGUAGCAAGGCUGAGACAUAAAAUCAAAACGUACAAAGGUAUAAUAACAACCAUAGAAAGAGAUACAAGUUUAGAAGAAAGGAAGGAGUCUGAACUUGUAAUCAUCAAGCUUGUCCAAGCCGAAGCUUUCUCAGAGGAGAUAAAUGCUCUGAGAACAAAGAAAACAGUUCCUGAGUCAAAGGAUGGCAGGCUGUGUCGAUUGUGUCCGUUUCUGGAUGAGGAAGGGAUACUUCGAGUCGGAGGACGUUUGACUCAUGCAUCACUUCACCCUCAUGUGAAGCAUCCCGCGAUUCUACCGAAAGAGAGUCAUAUUUCUACUUUGCUUGUCAGACAUUUUCAUGCAAAGGUUGAACAUCAAGGACGUGGAAUGACAAUGAACGAACUACGAGCUAAUGGAUGGUGGAUCCUUGGCUGCAGCAGUUUGGUUUCUUCGCAAGUCUACAAAUGCCUCAAAUGCAGGAAAUACAGGAGAGGUACUGAAACACAGAAAAUGGGAGACUUACCUUCAGACAGAAUUGAACCAACUCCACCCUUUACGUGUGUUGGGAUGGACUGUUUCGGACCACUUUACGUUAAGGAUGGACGUAAAGAGCUGAAGAGAUAUGGUCUAAUACUAACUUGUCUUUGUUCCCGAGCUAUCCACAUAGAAGUGGUAGAUGAUCUGAGCACAGAUUCAUUCAUAAAUGCUUUGAGGGCGUUUAUUGCUAUCAGAGGGAAUGUUCGCCAACUGAGAUGUGAUAGAGGAACCAAUUUUGUUGGCGCUCAAAGAGAAUUUGCAAACCUGAUGAAGGACAUGGAUCAGGAAAAGUUCAAAGCUUUCGGUUGCGACUUUCUCAUGAAUCCCCCUUCGGCGAGUCAUAUGGGAGGAGUAUGGGAAAGGCAGAUAAGGACAAUAAGGAGUGUUCUUUCUGCUAUUCUUGAUCGUUCAGCAAGAAGACUGGAUUCAACGUCAUUAAGAACCCUUUUGUAUGAAGUUAUGGCGAUCAUUAACAGCAGGCCGCUGUCUGCUGAGAGUCUGAAUGAUCCUGCUGGACCGGAGCCAUUAACGCCUAAUCAUAUUCUAACUAUGAAGUCAACCAUCAUUCAGCCUCCUCCUGGACAGUUCCUGAAAGAAGAUAUUUAUCUUCGAAAGAGAUGGAAAAGAGUGCAGUACUUGGUCAAUGACUUUUGGAUCCGUUGGAGGAAGGAGUACUUACUCAACUUACAAGCAAGACAAAAGUGGCAUGUAUCUAAAAGAGACUUGAAGGUCGGAGAUAUUGUUCUACUCCAAGAAGAUUUUGCGCCACGUAAUACAUGGAAGAUGGCUAGAGUCACAGAUGUCUUUCCUGGGGCAGACAAUAAGGUUAGAAAGGUCAGACUCUUAGUUCGAGAAAGUACAGUCAACAAACAGGGUACAUCUACGACUAAGACAGUUUCACUUGACCGACCUAUUCACAAGGUUAUUGUUUUGGUUGAAGCUGAGUGAUUCCUUUUCGAAUUUAUGUUUACACUUGUUAGUUUAUUUCAAGGAAAUCUCACAAAAUGAUUGUGACAUUCGGUGGGAGUGUAACUGCAGCAUAUAGUCUCACAAUGUAAUCCAUAUAGUUCGCUGUUGAAGUUCUAUUAUGUGUAGUCUAACAUGUCACCUCUAGAGGGUGCUAUCAGCUACCGGAUGAAUAGAUGAGCCAACGGUAAUCAGUUGCAAGCUGUACUGAGACUUGCUUGUGAGAAGUGUCAGUUGUCAGUUGAAGGAGCAGCUGGAGGAAACUGUUACGUGUUUCGCUUCGGGAUUAACGGCAGAUAAGCAUGGACUUUGGUCGGUAGAUGAGCCAGAAGAAGUGGAAAAGAAGAAAAUUAGUUAAUUCCUUUCGGCAGCACGCAGCCAACGAGUUUUCACGGUGGAUAAAGGUGUAUGAAAGUUCAUUAAAUUCACCAGUUGGAGGAAACCACUUGUGUCCGAACGUGCUUCAGGGGAAUUACAACAUCCAUAGCC